UUUAUUUCUUUUUGCCAUUAUUGCCAUUAUUGCCAGUGCCAGUGCCAUUGCCAUUGCCAUUACCAUUGCCAUUUGUCAUUUUGUAUAGAGGCACAAUUUAACGAUACUUAUUAUUAUUAUUAUCAUUAUUAUCAUUAUUACUAUUACCUCCACGUCGCAAAAAGUUAUCAAACUUCAAGCUAUAUCCACGAUAUUCCACAAUAUUUCACAAUAUUUCACAAUAUUUCCCUUCUCCCAUUGAUAUGUACAAAGGGAAAAGCAACUUGAAUGCCUCGAAUACCAAAGUAAAUAUGGCUCCUGGAAUGGGGAUUAAAGCCCCGGUACCUCGAACGAGGACAGGUCCGUUCACGUUCCUUUUGCAGCAAUCAUCAAUUAUCAAUCAUAUCAAUCAUCAAACAUUAUCAAUAUCAUCAAUGUCGUCAAUACGUCAAUACGUCAAUACAUCAAUCUCAUCAUAUGACAUUAUGACAUGAUGAUAUUUUGACACUAUGACACAUGACACAUGACGCAUGACACAUGACAUUCCUCUUUUCAAAAGUACCCAUUCUAACGCAUCAAAGGUUGCUUAACAUGUCGAGCAAGGAAAGUCAAGUGCGAUGAAGGGAAACCAGACUGUGGUCGUUGUAUACGACUUCAACGCGAUUGUAAAUGGAGUACACCUCCGGCUCACAUGCUCGCCACAACGUCUCAUGGCCAUGGACUCUCCAGUACCAGCUCACUACCUACCACUCAACAACUUGCUCUUGGAAAAACACGCAUCCCGAAAGAUUCUUUUGUCAUCGAGUUUCCUAAUAUUGAUAAAACGACUAUGCCCUACAUUCAUCAUUUUGUGGGGUUUUGCACGAGGUUCUUGGCGUAUGCAAAUGAUGAUGAAGGGAAUCCUUUCAAAGAAGAAUUAGUUCCAUUUGUAACGACGAGCCCCGCAUUGUUACAUAGUAUUAUUGCAGUGGCAGCAGGGCAUAUGAGCAGGACGGACAAGCAGCACGAAGUCAAGGCCACAAAACAUUAUUCCAUGGCUCUGAGGGAGCUUAAUGCCGCACUGUGUGACUCUUCGGUUGCGAAACAGAAUGCUACAUUAGGUGCAUGUCUCUUACUAUGUGUCUACGAGGUAAUACAACAUUCCUUUUCAAUAUCCUUACACAAGGGUGCGCUUCGCUCACAAAAGACAGAUAUCACAUUCAGAUAGAGGCUUGUGGCUGGAGCAUCUUAAAGGUGCACGCGACCUUAUCUUGCACCGAGGAGGCCCUAAAACUACCGAUUUUCUCACAAGAUUCUUUGCGCUUCUUGACGUUUCCGGUUCUCUAUGGGCAGGGCAAGGUCCUUUAUUACCCGGAAACUAUUGGCUUGAAGAUGCGCCAACACCAUCGACAGGUCCGAAGCAAAUUGGUGAUUCCCCCUCGACGGUAGAAGCACCUUUGAACUGGCCAUAUUAUGACCCUGGUGGUGUUAUGACUGGGGAGUUCCAUAUGUUUAUGGUUUUCAUGGCCAAGUUAUCUCGUCUAUCCAGUCGUUCCUUGACAAAAAAUUCCUUUGAAGAGCAGAUCAUCAUCAAACAGGAAGCCAUCGGAAUCAAACUGGAGGUUCAAACGUGGUGGCAAAAUUGUCCCUCUUUUAUUCGCGAUCUUUCUAACGAUUGGCGACGACAACCCCGCGAUACUAAACUUACUGUCGCAGAAACUCUCGAAGCGGAAGCCUUUUCUAGUACCAAAGCUUGCAUGUACGGAUGUAUUCUCUUCAUUCAUCAUAUUAUUGAUCCGGUCGGUGAAGAGCCACAAGAUCCAGAUGUUUCAGAGGCAAUCAAACAAGUCCUAGAUGUUGCUGCUGAGACCCCAGAGGGAUAUGGACUAGAGAUGGGUUUAUAUUAUGGAUUGUUUGCAGCAGGAGCAAGUGUUUUUAAUGAUUGGGUAGUAGAGGAUAUGGUUAGGAAGAAGUUGAAGGCUGAUACCAGGAUUGCACUCUAUGUAAGUUUUGUUCUUUACAGAAAUGACAGAGAAAGAGAAUUAGGAAUGACGGUCCUGGAAUAAAACUAAUGAGAUACAGCAUGCGGAUCGGGCCUUGGAACUACUGGAGAUACUUUGGAGAAGACAGCAUCAGUAUGAACGAAAGUUCGAUUGGAGAGUAGUUCAACAACAAAUGGGGAUCCAAAUGUAGGUUUAUCUUCAUUACUGCCUGCUAUUUGAUACUACGAGGCCUCAUUAACAAUAUCUCAGAUUUAUUCUCGCUUGAUGAGAUUCUUCUAAUUGGAGUAUGUAAUUUUGAACGCAGGAGAAUUUUCGAAAUUCGCACCAAAAAUUGCUGGGUCACGACAGGACCGGAGUUCGGCAUCAUCCGAGUAGUAAAGUGGUUUGACUCCCUUCGAGCAUAUUCUGCAUGAUAAGACACUGGUGCAUUGGUAUAAACAUCAUGCAUAUACAAGAAAUGGACUUGCGCAUCAUUUAUGCCAGUAGCCGGAUCUCCCAAAUAAACUUUCGGCGUAUUUACUAGGUUUAUAUUCGGCACAUUGUCACAACCUCGACAUUAAUCAAGGAUAAAAGUUCCAACUCACACAUUUUCGAUUGAUUUCAUGCUUAUCCGUCAGAAAUUAUGAAGAUUUCAUCACGCCACAUUCGAAUGUUUGGAAAAUGGGUAGAUAUGGAAACAAGGGCGUCAAGUUCUCGGCAAGAAUGAAGACGGAAAGGACUAUUUAUUUCCCGGCGGAACAGGAAAGUUGCCCGUCGUAUUGCUUCUCAGUCGACGGAUACAACGCUGGUUUAGCAUCCUGUUCUGGAGCAAUCAUGUCGCGUAUUACUUUCAAACACGGAAGAGAUUAAUUUUGACACGUUAGUUGAGGAUACUUAAUGGCGAACGUUUUAUUCCACUUCAUGGAGAUGGCGAGACAAGGCGGAAGCUGAUCGACGCCGUAUCGCUCCUCCUAUUCUUGAUGCGCUUCUGGCAAACGGUUCAUUGAUGGGGUCGCUGAGAAGGGGGUAAGAAGGAUUGAUUUUUUGGGUGGAGUAUACAACAGGGCGGAGAUGAACCAAUUAUAUCUCAAGUAUCAGAUUUAUAAAGUAGAAUGGGAGGAAUUCUAGGAUGGGCGAAGAACAGUAUGAUUCCGAUUUGAAUGCUGUGGAAUAAUGGACAAUAUUGAAACGAGCUGGCUUAUGGAGAAUUCUCGGAAAUGCACCGUAUAUACACAACUCGUGAUGGAAACCGAUUCGUUUCAGCGACAGGCAUGGGUAAAUACCUUUCGUGAGUGUGGAAGAUGGCGCAAAUGUGGUUUAUAAAGCUCUAAUUGGGUGGAGGAGUAAUGAUAUUGGGAGGGUAUUAGCGGGAGGAGGGUUGUAUUAAAGAGAGGAUCAAUUGGAGUCUUUUGAUAGUGUCGCAUCACUCUUGACGAACACAUUUGGGACAUAAUUAUUCAUUUGAAUGUGGAGAUGGAGAUAUUGAAGGGAAUUGUGGAGGAAGCUCGGGCUAAUGUUUUCGUCGGACUUGAUACUGCGGUUAGGAUGGGUGGAGAGGCUGAGUUGGGCAGGGAUCUGGAAUGGAUGAUUGGGAGGGGGCUGGAUUUAGAGAAUAUGCAGAGGCACAUGCGAAGGGUGGACUAUGGGGUGUAGGUGGAUGGGGCGAAGGGUAUAGAGAAGGGGUACAGAGAAGAGCUGGAGAGCGGAUAAUUGCUGUGUGCUUGGGAUGCAAUUUCCUAAUUGAUGGUUGAGAAUAGGUGGUUGUUCAAUAUCUAUGAUUACAUAUAUAUCUACGUACCACUAUUUUUGAUAGUUUUUUCCGCUUUCUUCCUAUUCAUAUGAAUUGGGGUAGAAAACGAAAAGGGAAUUGAAAUAAAGAGGAAAUAAUAAGUCUUAAUUUUUAAACUGAAGUAAGU